GAAAAUUUUGUUUCUACUGCUAUUUUAGGUUUUUGUAAGUUUUUAAAUAGAUUUAGCUCAAAAUAUUCUGACCUUUCUCAAUAAUGAAGUAACAUCGUUUUAUGAAUGGAGUUAGUAAAGUAUUUUUGGUUUUGAGGUUAGGAACUAAAAUUUACGCAAGAAUACUACAAUGGCUAUACUAAAAAAGAUACUUUAUAUUAAUAUUAAAAAUGUAAGAAAGUCGUUCGCAAGGCUUUAUAGCAGUCGGAACAUUCUCAAACUUAGUGAAAGAGGGAUGUACCAAGAUAUGUUUCCCAACAUUGCUGCAAAUGAAAUUAUCAGCUUAGUAAAGAAGGAACCACAGUGUGUAUAUGCUGGAUUUGAUCCUACAGCUAACAGCCUCCAUGUUGGAAAUCUUCUGGUUAUAAUUAACCUCUUACAUUGGCAAAGAGGUGGACAUAAUGUUAUAGCUUUGUUAGGUGGAGCUACUGGCCAUAUUGGUGAUCCCAGUGGCCGCAGCUCUGACAGAAUUGCACUGGCUUCAGAUAUCAUACAAAAUAACAUUACAAGUAUAAGAAAAAACUUACAAAUUGUAUUUGAAAACCAUAAAAAGUAUAUUUGGACAGAUGAUCCAGAUAAACUUAAACCUUUGAGAAUAGUCAACAAUGAGACAUGGUAUAGAAAAAUAGAUUCAAUACAGUUUGUUAGCGAAAUUGGAAGAAACUUUAGAAUGGGUACAAUGCUGCUAAAGCAAAGUGUUCAAACUAGAAUAAACUCAGAUGUUGGGAUGAGCUUUACUGAGUUUGCUUAUCAAAUAUUCCAAUCAUAUGAUUGGCAACAUUUGUUGAAGGAAUAUAAUUGCAGAUUUCAGAUUGGAGGAAGUGAUCAAAUGGGUAAUAUUUCUGCUGGCCAUGAGUUGAUAAGCAGAACAUUGAAGACAGAUGUUUAUGGAUUAACCCUUCCUCUCGUUACAACCGAGGAAGGUGACAAGUUUGGGAAAUCGGCCGGUAAUGCAUUAUGGUUGGAUCCCAUGAAGACAAGUCCUUACAGUCUCUACCAGUAUUUCAUCAGGACCAAAGACUCGGAUGUCGAGAGACUACUGAAGUUAUUCACGUUUUAUAGCUUGGGAGAGAUCAAGGAUAUAAUGCACAAGCAUAAUCAGCAUCCGGAACAAAGAUACCCGCAGCAGUGCUUAGCUGAACAGCUUACUACUCUGGUGCAUGGAGUGGCAGGCUUGGAGAAGGCGCGAAAGGCGUCAGACGCGAUAUUCAGUAAAGACGUAAACUCAUUAGUCUCUCUGAAUUCUACUGACUUGGAGCAGAUAUUUGAAGGGGCGUCGGUAUCUAGAUUACUCCUGUCACCCGGCAUGACGGUGUUAGAGUUGGGAAUGAAAGCUAAAUGCUUUCCCACUGAAAGUGACGCAAUAAGAAUAAUUCAAGCGGGCGGUUUCUACAUCAACCAUCAGAGAGUUAACAAGAUCGACGAAGUGAUCACACAGACUGCACACAUUCUACCAAACCUUGUAUCAUUGUUGAGAGUCGGCAAACGAAACUAUUAUAUUGUGAAGUGGCAAACAUAAGACAGUAUAUAAUUUCUAAUAUGAACUAUUACUUGUGUAGCUAACACGAAAGAGAGUGUCCUAUGGUUUUAUCCUACGAAUAAUAUAAACUAAGGAAACGUAACUCCCAUACUUCAA